UGCAGAGUGGAUGAACAGAAGGAACUCCUCCACAACAGGGGAAGAUCUUGGCCAUAGAAAAGCACGAGUGUUAUUUGCUUCUGUGACUUGUGUUAGAAGACAGAUAUUAACUCCUUCACAGCAGGAUCUAUAUAGGAAGAGAAGGAAGAUCAAACAAGGAGCAAUAUGGGAUUCAUUCAGAGCUCACCCUGACGUCUCCUCACUGUCUGUCUAUCAUCAUCACUCACUCAUUCAGGCUGAUGGACACCCAGGAUAAGACAUCUUUAGUGGGGACAGGACUGCUGUCCAGGCUGUCACACAUGAUGCACCUUGGGAGGAGCAGUGUUGGCCCUGCAGAGUUCAGCCUCAGCAGCCAGAGCACUGAGGACAACAUGAAGAACAAGAGCAGUGAUAGUCGGUGGACCCUGGCUGCACAAAACAUGAACAACUGCAAUAACAAUGAUGGCAAAAAAGAUGACAAGACAACGGACCCCAAAAAGAAAGAUGACAAAAAAGAUGACAAAAAGGAUGAUAAAAAAGAUGAUAAAAAGGAAGAACCCAAGGAGGUAUGGAUCAUGGACCCUGCCACAGAUAUGUACUAUUACUGGCUGUGGACAAUAUCCAUCCCAGUGUUCUACAACCUGAUGUUCCUGGUGGCCAGGGCUUGUUUUAAUGAACUGCAGUACACAAAUUCAACACUGUGGAUGGUUCUAGACUACACUUCAGAUGUUCUCUACUACAUUGACACCUUUGUGAGAGCCAGAACAGGUUUUCUGGAGCAAGGACUGCUUGUAAAGGAUGAGAAGGUCCUCAAAGAAAAGUACAUGAAGACACACCAGUUCAGAUUAGACAUCAUAUCAAUAAUUCCUACUGAUAUUGUAUUUCUCAAAAUUGGAAUCAACAACCCAGAGUGGAGGUUCAACCGUCUUUUUAGGUUAGCCCGACUCUUUGAGUUCUUUGACCGGACUGAAACUCGAACCAAUUUCCCCAACAUCUUCCGAAUUGCUAAUCUUGUACUUUACAUCAUCAUCAUUAUCCACUGGAAUGGUUGCCUCUACUUUGCCAUCUCCAAGACAAUCGGCUUUGGCUCAGACACCUGGGUAUAUCCAAACAUGAAGAAUCCUGAGUUUGCUCGCCUGGCCAGGCAGUACAUCUACUGCUUUUACUGGUCCACUCUUACCCUGACCACUAUUGGUGAGACACCACCCCCAGUCCGAGACAUUGAAUACUUUUUUGUGGUAGUUGACUUCCUCACUGGAGUUCUGAUCUUUGCUACGAUUGUAGGCAAUGUUGGUGCCAUGAUUUCCAACAUGAAUGCUGCACGUGUAGAGUUCCAGGCUAAGAUUGACUCUAUCAAGCAGUACAUGCAAUUUCGGAAGGUCACCAAAGACCUGGAGGCAAGGGUGGUGAAGUGGUUUGACUACCUGUGGACAGAGGAGAAAACCUGUGAUGAGAAGCAGGUGCUGAAGAACCUGCCAGACAAGCUAAAGGCUGAAAUAGCCAUCAACGUACAUCUGGAGACCCUAAGAAAAGUGCGCAUCUUUCAAGACUGUGAAGCAGGUUUGCUUGUUGAGUUGGUCCUUAAACUUCAGCCUCAAGUUUUCAGUCCUGGAGACUACAUCUGUAAGAAGGGGGACAUUGGCAGGGAAAUGUAUAUUAUCAAAGAAGGAAAGCUGGCUGUAGUUGCAGAUGAUGGUGUUACCCAGUUUGUGGUCCUCAGUGAUGGGGCAUACUUCGGUGAAAUCAGCAUCCUCGGUAUCAAGGGCAGUAAGGCAGGAAACCGAAGAACAGCCAACAUCCGUAGUGUGGGCUACUCUGAUCUGUUUGCCCUGUCCAAAGACGAUCUGAUGGAGGCACUCAUUGAGUAUCCUGAUGCUAAAAAUAUGUUGGAGGAGAAGGGAAGGUCUAUCUUGAUGAAAGAUAAUCUCAUAGAUGAGUCGCUAGUCGCUGCUACUGACGCCAAAGACUUGGAGGAUAAAGUCAACCAGAUUGAAGCCAGUUUGGAGAUCAUGACGGCCAAAUUUCGAAAGCUGACAGAUCAGUAUGAAUCCUCCCAGCGUAAACUCAAGCAACGGCUCAGUAAUAUGUCGAACCAGGUCAGAACCCUCAGAAUAGACAAUGAGUAGAGCUACUACUGCCAGGCUUAGGGACUCUUCCACUUCAGGACAUUCCUUCUGAGGUCAUCCCAUGGUACACACCAAAUGGCAUAUGACAAGCAGCUGGACAGUGACUGUCUCCAUUCAUUAUUCCCAUAUCUGGUAAAAUAGUAAGGUUGCGUUGAAAGUUGACCAUUCUAAUAAAGACAGAUAUGCAUAGGGCUGGGUACCUCAAUGUUUUACGAGUGCCAACAGAAUAUCAAAAAACUGUCCAGUACUGUAGUAUUGAAUGCUUGGUCAGAUUCUCAGUCUUGUUUACUUGUCCUUUAAACAGAUUUUCUCUGUUUUACAUCAUAAUUUAUUUCGUUUUGUACUGAUAUCUGUAGGCAAAAUUCCAUUACAGCUGUUUGUGUGAUGCAAUUGAGAAAUUUGGCUUAUUUUGUUACAUUAAAAUUAAAUGUUUGUUUUUUAUACAAAAAUAUUUCGUACUGAGUAACAAAAGGCAUAUUUGCACCUGUAAUGAAGUCAUUUGAAUGAUGCCCAGCCCUAGCAAUGCAUCAAUUACAAAACAUAGGUCAAUGCUACAUGUUUAUUUAACCCAAUCAGGAAAAUUACUGAUACCACUACUACUUUGCCUAGAUCUUCUGUAAAUGCAGUUUUGAACAGUUUGAAAUAAAUAUAUUUGAAGUCACAGUAAACAUGGAGGAAGCCUUUUUGCAGUUACAACAUUCUUCUGCGGAUGACAUGCAAAAAUGCUCAGUUGUAAAAUGAUUUUCAUAAGUUCAUAAUAAAAGUUGCAUGAAUGCUUUUACUAUA